AGACGGCACCGCCCGCGGCCGGGCACGGACCGCGCGCACACACUCUCCAAACAAUGCUCCGAGGCGCUCGGCGGGGCGGCUGGCGGCUCGGAGACCAGCGGCGAGGCCGGGGGAGCGCGGCCCCGAGUCACAUCGUCAGACUCGAAUUGAUCAUGCCCCCGUCCUCUGGCAGGGGAGAUCUCUGAUGAGGCAAGUGUUCUGCCUUUCCAGGAAGCCACCCUGUGAGCCCCAUCCACCUCCCCUGAGACCACGGCAGGGAGCCAGGCGCAAGAUGAACCAGCACCCCGCCUGCUGCUCAAGAUGCACCAGACCAUCCCAGUGAACCCCGAGAGCCCGAAAAUGUCUGCGUGCAGCGACUUUGUGGAGCACAUCUGGAAGCCCGGGUCCUGCAAAAACUGCUUCUGCCUGCGCACCGACCACCAGCCGGCACCUGGCCGCCCCCAGCCCCGAGCUGGCAGCCUGCCCCCUCCGCCUCGCCUGCCCCCCAGGCCCGAGAGCGGCCGCCCGGAAGAUGAAGGCCUGAGCAGCUCGCCCUACUCCAAGCCCACCAUUGCCGUGAAGCCCACCAUGAUGAGCUCCGACGCCUCCGAUGGGUGGACAGAGGCUGGCGUGAGUGCCGACGUUGCGCAGGUCAUCUGGAGACGAGCCCCCGGCAAGCUCCCCCUCCCGAAGCAGGAAGACGUGCCAGUAGUUUACCUGGGCAGCUUCCGAGGCGUCCAGAAGCCUGCUGGGCCCUUGGCCCCGGCAGACGGGGGGCACCCUCGCUGCCCCCCUGCCUAUGCCAUGGUCGGCCUGCACAGCCUAGAGCCCCGGGGGGAACGGAGUGUCGCCUUCCACCCAGUGAGCUUCCCCGAUGAGAAGCUUGGACGAGAAGAUAAACCCACGAUUCCCUACCAAGAGCUGACCUCCCCUCAGGAGAGCUUCCGCCAGAAACUGGCUGCCUUUGCUGAGAUGACCUCUGGCUGCCACAAGGGCCCCAGGCCCUACCCCUCUGCACAGCCCCUGCGGGAAUCCCUGCCCUCGGAGGAUGACAGCGAUCAAAGGUGCUCGCCCUCAGGGGACAGCGAAGGGGGAGAAUACUGCUCCAUCCUGGACUGCUGCCCUGGGAGCCCGGGUGGUCAGGACGCCUCACAGGCUGAGGACUCCGGGCGCAGACAGGGCUGCAGGGACUGCUCGCCGGCCUGCUGGGAGCAGGGGAUGUGCUCGAAGCCAACCGAGGAGGAGAGGCGGGCUUUGAGCUUCCCCAGGGAGUGCCGCAGCCAGGGCCCGACAGAGAACCCACCCCGCCUGGGCCCCAAGAAGCAGUCCCUCACCUCGGAGGCUGCCAGCUCCUCGGAUGGCCUCUCCUGCGGGAGUGCCAGUAGCCGCGCCAGCAGCCCCUUGGUCCCCCAGCACGAGAGCGAUUCCUGCUCCCUCGUGAAGGCACCUGGGCCGGGGAAGCAGCAGGACUCUGGCUGCCACGGGGUGGCCUCCAGCAGGUGCCUGGGGCUGACUGGGGAGCCCCAGGCCCCAUCCCACCCCGGGGAGACCGCACAGCCUGAACCCAUCUAUGCUGAGAGCACCAAGAGGAAGAAGGCUGUUCCAGUGCCUUCCAGGCCACAGGCCAAGGCAGAACAGGCGGCAGCUGCCCAGGGCCAGGGCCAGGUGAGGAUGGCUAACACCUGGGCUCAGAAAACAACGUCUGGCUGGGGCCAGGACAGGGAAGGCCCAGAGGUGGCCCCCCAGGUGGCGGCCACCAUCACAGUCAUGGCGGCCCACCCAGAAGAAGACCACCGGACAAUCUACCUGAGCAGCCCCGACUCCUCGGUGGGGGUGCAGUGGCCUCGCGGGCCCCUGAGCCAGGCCCCUGAGGCAGGCGAAGGGGAGCCUUCGGCUGGGCAGGGGCUCAGCUCGAGGGAGAGCCGCCAUCACGGUGCCAGUGAGAGCACGCCCAAGGGGAGGCCUGCCAUCCCUCCCAAGCUGUCCAAGAGUAGCCCUGGAGGGUCCCCGGUGUCCCCAUCGGCCUCCCCCCAGCCCAGCCUCAGCGAAGGCAACUCGGGUGUCACUGCGCCCCAGCCUCCAUCCAGGGGCCCCGCUGACCCUGCUUCCUCCUGCCGGGCCAACGGUGUCCCUGCCAGCGACUCUGCCAGGGGCCCCCCGCCCGCCACUGCCACGUCAGCCUCGGACCAGAGGCGGCCCCGGUACCAGACCGGCGCCUGGAGCCGCCAGUGCCGGAUAGAGGAAGAGGAGGAGGUGGAGCAGGACUUGCUGAGCCAAAGCUGGGGGAGAGGGGUGGACGGUGGCCCCACGGGCCCAUGCAGCUCCUCCACCUGGCUCCGACCCCGCCCCACAGACGGCGCCUCUGGGCCGAAGAGCAAAGCCGGGACCGGGAUGAGCAAAUCGGCCUCGUUUGCCUUUGAGUUCCCCAAGGACAAAAGUGGGAUCGAGGCAUUCUCGCCUCCCCCGCCGCCUCCGAAGUCACGGCACCUUUUAAAAAUGAACAAGAGCAGCUCUGAUUUGGAGAAGGUGAGCCAGGGCUCUGCUGAGAGCCUCAGCCCAUCCUUCAGGGGCAUCCACGUCAGCUUCACCACGGGCUCCACGGACAGCCUGGCCUCCGACUCCAGGACCUGCAGCGACGGAGGUCCAUCAUCUGAGCUGACUCACUCGCCCACCAGCAGCGGGAAGGAGCUCUUCAGCCCUGUCCCCUUCCCUUCGGGCUCCACUGAGGAUGUGUCCCCCGGUGGCCCCCUGCAGCCCCCACCUCUCCCCCAGAAGAAGCUAGUGAGCCGGGCGGCCUCUUCUCCGGAUGGCUUCUUCUGGACCCAAGGCUCCCCCAAGCCAAGAACAGCAGGUCCCAAGCUGAACCUCAGCCACUCGGAAACCAGCGUCUGUGUCCAUGACGAGUCCCACUUCAGCUACUCCUCAGGCCCCGGCAGCCGCCUCCAGCACACCUUCUCUGCUUCCGAGCCUCUGGAGAAAACGUUCAAAGACAAUGGCCCCUGGGGCCCAGCGCCAGGGCUGGCGGGCAGCCAGAGCCUGCAGGGCAAAGGGGUCUCCUCGGCCGCGGCCUCCCAGCUGAGCGUGUCCAGCCAGGCCUCGGUGGGCAGUGCCCAGCUGCAGCUCCACAGCCUCCUGAGCAGCAUCAGCAGCAAGGAGGGCACCUACACCAAGCUGGGAGGGCUCUACGCCCAGUCCUUGGUCCGCCUCGUGGCCAGGUGUGAGGACCUCUUCAUGGGCGGCCAGAAAAAGGGGCUGCACUUCAGCGAGAAUAACUGGUCCCUGUUCAAGCUGGCCUGUAACAAGCCCUGCUGCGACUCGGGGGAUGCCAUUUAUUACUGUGCCACCUGCUCCGAGGACCCCGGCAGCACCUACGCUGUGAAAAUCUGCAAAACCCCUGAGCCCAAAGCAGCCUCAUACUGCAGCCCUUCCGUGCCCGUGCACUUCAACAUCCAGCAGGACUGCGGCCACUUUGUCGCCUCGGUGCCCUCCAGCAUGCUCACCUCUCCCGAUGCGCCCAAGGACCCCCUGUCUGCCCUGCCUUCACAUCCCCCCGCCCAGGAGCAGGACUGCGUGGUGGUCAUCACCCGAGAGGUACCCCACCAGACCGCCUCGGACUUUGUGCAAGACUCAGCCACCAGCCACCAGUCUGAGCCCGAGGUUUACGAGCGGCGCGUGUGCUUCCUGCUUCUGCAGCUCUGCAACGGGCUGGAGCACCUGAAGGAGCACGGCAUCAUCCACCGGGACCUAUGCCUGGAGAACCUGCUGCUGGUGCACUGCGCCCCGCAGGCCUCCCCGGACCCCUCCUCCGCCACUUCCUGGGCCCCUCCCACCACCAUACCCCCUGCCCCUGCCGCUACCCCUUCCUCUUGCCCCUCUGCCGCCCUCCCGGCCGGCGUCACGCCCACCCCUCCGGCUGGCCCCGCCUGUCAGGGAGGGCCCGGCGAGAAGCACUUGCCCCGACUCAUCAUCAGCAACUUCCUGAAGGCCAAGCAGAAGCCGGGCGGUUCCACCAACCUGCAGCAGAAAAAGAGCCAGGCCCGCCUGGCCCCAGAGAUUGUGUCUGCCUCCCAGUACCGCAAGUUCGACGAGUUCCAAACGGGCAUCCUCAUUUACGAGCUGCUCCACCAGCCCAACCCGUUCGAGGUGCGGGCGCAGCUGCGGGAGCAGGACUACCGGCAGGAGGACCUGCCCCCACUGCCCGCGCUGUCCCUCUACUCGCCGGGCCUGCAGCGGCUUGCGCACCUGCUGCUGCAGGCCGACCCCAUCAAGCGCAUCCGCAUCGGCGAGGCCAAGCGCGUGCUGCAGUGCCUUCUGUGGGGACCCCGGCGGGAGCUGGUGGAGCAGCCGGGCACCUCGGAGGAGGCGCUGUGCGCCACGCUCAGCAACUGGAUCGACAUGAAGCGGGCCCUGAUGAUGAUGAAGUUCGCCGAGAAGGCGGUGGACCGCCGGCGCGGGGUGGAGCUGGAGGACUGGCUCUGCUGCCAGUAUCUGGCGUCGGCGGAGCCCGGAGCUCUCUUACAAUCGCUGAAGCUCCUGCAGCUUCUGUGAGGCAGCCCCCGUCCCGCGUGCUGCCCCCAGCCCCGCCCUGCCUUGCCUUGGAAACAUCUGUGUCUCCUGGGAAAUGGUACAAAUGACUGUUGUACUUGGAUGUUUUAUAUGUAUGUGUGUGUGUGUGUGUGUGUGUGUGUGUGUGUAAGAUAUAAAUACAAAAGACUGAGGAUGUCACUGCCCACCCUGGUCUGGCCUCCUCUCCUCCCCUAGCCUUGAAGUUUUCGCCUACAAUUGUGUACAUUUCUAGCUUAUUGCAAGGUCCUGAGGACAGUGUGGCCAGCAGAGUGAAGCCUGGACUCUGGUCUCACUACCCCAUUAUGGGCUCUCUUUACCCUCUUGUCAAGUGGCUAUUUAAAAAAAAAACCAAAAAACCCUCCAUUUUUAAUUAAAAUUUUCGGUUGUCUCAUGAGUAAAGAAAGCUCUUUUAUCCUCAAGUGCCCAAGUGCGUUAAUACCUUUGGCGGGUAAAAUUGUUUUUAAGCCCCUGGAGCAGUGGCUUCAAGACCACCUGAACUGUCCUCUGUCUUACACUUCUCGUAAGAUAGAGCAAAAGGCCGCAAGGGCCCCAGGCAUGCGGAGACCAGUUAAUCUUCCCCGCUUCUCUCCCCACCUAACAAGUCUCUUAGGAAGAAUUCAACACAGCUGGUGUGAUCCCAGAAUUUCAGAAUUUAAUCCCACUGCUUGAAAUCCAUUUCCAGUUUGCUAAAGCUGGUUGUCAUUUGUAUCAGAAGCCUGGCUCAAAGCAGAAGCCACCCCAGAUGGUUCAAAUGACAAGACCUUAACAGGGGACCACUUAGAGAGUUGUAGGCAGGGUUAGAGAAAAGCAAAGGACGAUGAGGCAAAAGCAAGGGCAGGAAUGGGGAGGAUUCACUCAACCUGUUUCCCACCUGUCAUCCCUAGGCCAAGACCAGUGAGAUGCCAGACAGCAAGGGGACCUGGGUGAUACAGUCUGCAGGACUGGCCUCCCUGGGCAGGGUUGAGAAGGAUGGAUAGAGGGCUAGGUGGAAAACAGCCCACUGGUACUGCUGUCCUAGAUAAGGACAGGGCAAGAAUCGAACUCCAGUGUUCCCACUUUCAGAUCGCUAGUCCCCCUGCUGUUCUAAGCUCUUUUGGGUUUCCAUUUUCAAAAACUCAUUCAAAAUACUUUAAAAAUACUCAAAGAAAAUUAGGAAGCAGCAGAUCUUUCCUCCUCAAAACUAGACUCACAAGAAGUCACUAAAUACUCAUUUGAAGAGAAACAGCCCAAGGCCCUUGUAUUUCUACCUAAAGAGUAAUCUUCCAACUUGUGAACUAAUUUCUCAAACCUUGUUAAUAACUAUGGACAAUUUUAAAACAAAUGCAAAGAUCUUAAUGAAUGUCCUAGAAAUCUAGGAAUGUGGCUAGCAACCAGGAUGGGGAAAUCUCCCAGGUCACCUUCUGCAUAUUAAUUUCACUCCUUUUACAAGCCUUCCAUCCUGGGACUCCAGGUAAACACACCUACACUUGCAAGCAUCUGAGGUGAAACCUGGGGCUUCGGGGCGCAUUUGUCAUUUCAACUCUUGCUUGAGCAUUGAGGGAAGAAGUGGCUAAAACCAGCUUCCAACUAUGUUUGUACAAGAGAAAGAGUUUUGAACAUGGAAAUCAUAAUUCUCCACAGGACCUGUCUGUUUCAGGGGGCAUUAAUUUGUCCGUUGCUUCUUCCUGGGAAUUUUCCAGGCAAACCCUCUGCCUUCGAUUUGCUGUCCUUUGCUUUCUUGUUCUUUCUUACUUCAAAUAAAUAAACAAUGGAGAGGGAGGAAACAAAUAUUCU